GUGAAAAAGGGAGGGCGAAAGUGUGAGCUCACUGUCCCCUCUGUCCUGCCUUAGUGCGCCCGUUCCGCUAAACUGACCGGAUCAGCAACAACCCCGUGUCUUUGUUCAGAUUUACUAAAGGCCGACGAUGGAAAUCGAGAAGGAAGUGAAAAAAAUGACCCUGGGACAUGAGAUAGGAGCUGGAGCUGCCUGUCUGAAAUGCAAGGAGAAGUGUGAAGGCUUUGAGCUCCACUUCUGGAGAAAGAUCUGCCGGAAUUGUAAGUGUGGCAUUGAGGACCACGAUGUGCAGCUGCAGUCGGAGGAGAACCAGAAGGUGGGCCGCCUGUUUGAGGACACGAAGUACACGGGCCUCAUAGCCAAGCUGAAGAGAGACGGGGUGCCCACCUAUCGCGGCAACCAGGUCACCAUAUCCAUUGCCACCCCUGCCGUUGGCACUGCCGUGCCUGUCCCAGCGGCUGUGACCGCGGCUGUGCUCGUGCCGGGCAUUGCCGCCACCCCUGGUGCUCCCUCUGGACCUGCCCAUGAACCACCUUCUGGACAUGCCCACAGUCCGCCCUCUGCCACCGCCCACGGUGCUUCCUUUGUUCCGGCUCCAGGUGCACAUUCUGGCCCCACCCCUGGUGCCCCCGCUGCCCACGCCCCUGGUGCUGGCACUGCCCCUGCCAUCCCUGCUGUGAUGCCCGCCAGAAAAGAUGUGGUCAAAGCCAUCACCUACGAGUGGGCUCCCCCUGGGGUUAACCCGAGCUUGGCUCUGCGCUACAUGGAGCUACUCCCUCCGGAGCGCAGGCCUAUAGCGGGCACGCAGGGGGCAGACUACCGCAAGAAACAGAUGGCCAAACAGCUCCCAGAACACGACCAGGACCCGGAGCGUUGCCACGAGCUCUCGCCUGCCGAGGUCCAACAGAUGGAGCAGUACGUGCGCAAGUACAAGGACGAGGCCCUGGGGGUCGGAGACCUGACCCUGCCGGAGGAGAUGGCCGCAGCCGCCGGCCCUGCUGGGGUGAAGGGUCUUCAGAGUCCAGGCGCUGGAGCCAAGCCCGUGUCCGGAGCUCCGGGAGCCAGGACUGGGCCAGCGUCAGGAGACCAGGCUGUGGCAGCUGUAGGCAGGGCUGGAAUGCCAGACGCACCGGGAGCUGGAAACAGCAGUCCUGCUGGUAGCUAUAUGUGCCACCACUGCCAGCAGGAGAUGAGGCGGGGCGAGCCGGCUGUCUACGCCGAGCGGGCCGGCUACGACAAACUGUGGCACCCCGCCUGCUUCGUGUGCUGCGCAUGUAAGGAGCUGCUGGUGGACAUGAUCUACUUCUGGAAAAAGGGCCAGCUGUAUUGUGGCCGUCACUAUGGCGACAGCGAGAAGCCUCGCUGCGGAGGGUGCGAUGAGCUCAUCUUCAGUAACGAGUACACUCAGGCUGAAGGGCAGAACUGGCAUCUGAAGCACUUCUGCUGUUUUGACUGCGACUGCAUUUUGGCGGGAGAAACCUACGUCAUGGAGAAGGACAAGCCCAUCUGCAAGCCCUGCUACAUGAAGAACCAUGCUGUGGACUCGGGACAGAAAAGGGAAGGUACUCUCUUCAGCCCACAGCCUCGACCAGUGACCAGUAGAUGACUGUCCACAGUUUGCUGGGUGUGCAGACAGAGGCCCUGCCGCUGUGCUGGCCAGCUGAUGCGGAAUGAUUCAUGGGCUAAUGAAUGUCCCAAGUCUGAGUCUUGGGCUGCCUUCUAUGGUCAUGGAUUUCUCCUCUCGUGAAGUGGAGCUGGGAUUUCAGGCGGCGCCGUCCCUGCGUAACAGGGAAGGGAGCUGUUUCUGGUUACAAGAGAGGUGAAUAAUGAGGGGUGUGGCAUAUACACACUAGUGCCUCUCGCACACUUUCAUACACAACAGCAUUUGUGAUUGCAGGAUUGACAAGAUACAGAGUCUUUUAAAUGUAUGUAUAUGUGUGCAAGAGCUUUUCUACGUGUACGAAAGAGCGAGCAGAAUAUACACGCUGUACAGUAAAAGGCCAUUAGGGCCACAGUAUUUACAUAACUUUCUUGUGCUGAUAACCUUGGUCUCUGCUGUUGCUCUCCCCGAGCUUAUAGGAUCUGUUUCUCCACAGCGUGGGAGGAGGGAAAUAGUGAGUCGGAGCUGUGCACCGCCUGAGCUAUGAAAUUCUCUGGAAUGCCAUGAGAGGGGAUUCCGUUCAGGAUGACCCUUCUCCCUCCUGCUACUGCCUCUCCCUACUGCUGGCUGACAUCACCGUGGUAUCACCUCACCACGAAGGACUGUGGGGGCGGAGGUCAGAGACUCCUGGCUCCGUGCUGGAUGGCCAUUUCUCACCACCCUUCUCCUUUUCCACUCCUCUAUGUUUUCCUGGGAAGAAGAAGACGGAAAAAAAAAUCCCAUUUCACAAGAGAAAGCGAGUGUUGCACUGAUGGCAAGCAUGUGAACAAAACAGGGAGACCCCUAUCUCUCUUUUUGCUGUGAUAGGUUACAAAGGGAUGGACUGGGUGUCUCAGUUGACCUUGUGUUGACCCUUUGACCCUACUCAGAAAGUAAAAGCCUAGUCAGGUGCAAUGUUAGUUCUACGGCCGAGAGUUCAAAUUCCUCUGCAAUUCCUCUGCAGUGCUCCAGCAGUCAAUAGUCCGGAAUACCACACAAUUGCUCUGUUCUUGCCAACUCUUAGCUGGGUCAUCAGCAGGGUCACAUAUGCAGAACAGUGUGGCUAGCAACGUCCUCCAAAUGCACCCGACUGCCCUGUGGUGCUGCGUGAGCAGAGCGGUAGGAAGGGUGGCCUCUCCCCCCUCAUGACAUGAAGGAAGCUCAUGCUUAGCGAACCCUCACCUAGUGCUGCCCUGGUCAUGGAGUUUUAGCACUUCAAUACUGAGGCCUGAACACAUCUACCAAAUACUGUGUGAGUCUGUAAUAUUCAGGCUAUGAAUCCAUUUAGGUAGUGAAACCUUAGUGAAACUCUAAGCCCUGAAGACCAGGAUAAUGGGAAUGAUUUGAGCAUGCAUUAAACACUAACUUUUUUUGGAAUCCCUUUAGGCUGCAUUUUAGGUUGUACAGAUACAGGGACUAUAGGUAAUGUGUUUGAUAGCCAACCUCCAGUCCAUUUGUCACUGGUUAAUUUCUGACUACAGGACUACUGCUGCGAUGUUAUUUUGGUAGAGGGAAAUUCUCAGCACAGCAGCAAUACUGACAUGGUAGUGGCAUGAUGCUGAGAUACUGAGACAGUGUGAGAAUGUCAGGCAACACAGUGCUGCUGAAGUAUUUACAUAUCACUGCUGGGUUUAGAGAGGCCUGCCAGCCACAACGGUCAACACCAGUUCUCUUGUCACCAGCUGACCAAUGAUGAGCCUGGAAUGGCCUAACACACAAAAUGUGCAUGACAACAAAUGUACCACUGUCUAACUUCACAUCUGUGAGUUAUUUCUGAUAAGUAAAUUGUUUCGAAUUAGGUGAGUGGUGAAUAUACCACAUCCAAACUCCACAUUCGUCAGAACGUUUGUCUUUUAGAACAUGACUAAAUAUACAAUAUAAGAGCCUACAGGCAAUAGACAUGCCAGAACAAAGAAGAGAAUCCUCAACUCCACAACAAAAGCAUGUGUGGGAUUGCUCCCUGGUUUCUUGGAAAAGUAAUUAAAUGGAUGCGAUUAUCUGAUUGCUAGUGCAGCUUUCCAGGGCAUGAUCUGUGGGCAUGGUUUUGUGAUUAUGGCUGGCUUGCUCCAGCUGACCUGCUCUGUGUUCCCGGGAACCUCACUCACAUCUUGUGUCUGCAGAGCUGGUCCGUGCUUGCUGGAGGAAUGUGUUUCUGGGAAUGUAACCUCGGCGCUCGAGCCAGCACUGCUCCGACCAAGUCUCAAGAACAGCGAGAUCCUCGUGCACACCUGCUGGACAUGUGUCUGAGUUCUGUUGUCACCCUGCUGUGUUUUCAAAACUUGGUAUUUAUGUACUUAACUGGGCCUAAUGGUUUGAUAAUGGAGAAGGCUGUUAAAUAGAAUUAUGCAGGUUAUUGGCAAGAACCUUGCAUUAAACAAAAUCCAUGAAAAAUCUU